AUGUACGGGGUUCUCGCCGCGCCGCCGCCGCCGCCUCCGUCGGCGGGGGCGGCCCGGCGGCGCGCGGCGGCAGGGGCGGCCGGCGGGGGCACGGCGGCCGGUCCGGCGCGCGGGCCGCGCGCCCUGACGCAGCCGCCGCCGGCGACUCCUACUUCCGCGGCCGCCGACAGGCGCAGCAGCGCAACGAGACCCGACACGAAGAUAAAGGGGGCCGAGAUCGUUAAGGCAGUAGUGCCGGUCGCGGGUUCGAGCCCCUGUUCGUUCUGUCACCCCCUAUCGCGCAACGGAGCAACGUUAGUGAUUGCUAAGAUGCGGAUCGGUAAGGCAGUGAUGCCAUAG